AGCAGCCAUUAGCUAAGCUAAACACAGUGACACAACACCAAAAACAAAAGGGGCAUUUUUCACAGAGAGCAACCAAGCAAAGUGUGACCUCUUCAGCUCUCAUCAAUGGCGACCUCAUCUUCUCUCCAUACACAUUUACCAAACCCUAGCUUUCUCUCUCCUCCCAAACACCCCUCUCUCUCUCAUCCCUCCAUCAUCAAACUCACCAAUCCCCAAAUCUCCCAUUCCAAACCCCUCAUUUCCUCUCCCCUCCCUCUCUCACCACCACUUCCCCUCACCCUCCGCCGCUCCACCACCACCGCCUCCGCCUCCACCACCGCCACCUCCUUCCACGGCCUCUGCUACGUCGUCGGCGACAACAUCGACACCGACCAAAUCAUCCCCGCCGAAUACCUAACCCUAGUCCCCUCCAACCCCGAUGAAUACAAGAAGCUCGGUUCCUACGCCCUAAUCGGACUCCCCUCCUCCUACCCGAUCCGAUUCAUGGACCCCAACCAGUUCAAAUCCAAGUACUCCAUCGUCAUCGCCGGCGACAACUUCGGCUGCGGAUCGUCCCGCGAGCACGCUCCGGUGGCGCUGGGGGCGGCGGGAGUGGCGGCGGUGGUGGCGGAGUCCUACGCCAGGAUAUUCUUCAGGAACUCGGUGGCUACCGGCGAGGUGUAUCCGUUGGAAUCGGAGGUGAGGAUUUGUGAGGAGUGUAAGACUGGGGAUGUGGUGACCAUUGAGCUCGGAGAGAACAAGUUGAUUAAUCAUACGACUGGAAAGGAGUAUAAGAUGAAGCCAAUUGGGGAUGCUGGGCCGGUUAUUGAGGCCGGUGGGAUUUUCGCAUAUGCGAGGAAAGCUGGGAUGAUUCCAUCUCAGGCUGCUUAGAAUUGUGGGCUUAUUUACUUUGUGGCACCUUUGGCAGGGCUAGCUUUGUAGAAAAUUGAACGUUCGCUCGCGCGACUGUUCUACCAGAUGUUUGGAUUGAUGAACUUUUAUGUUUUUUAAUGUUAUAAAUAAGAGUGUAGUUCUCAUGGCUUUGCUCAUGUACCAAAAUGCAAGCUGUUUCUGGAUGGCACUAGUCUUUUUAUUUUUAAUAUGUCUAGCUUAUUGUGUUAUUUCAAAUUCCACAGCUGCUUCUAUCUAUUAGAAGAAGAGAUUUUACAAACCUAA